GCGAAGGCUCGGGGAGCACCGCUGACGAGAACGCUUCUGCUCACCACGCAUCGUGGCACCAUGGUGAAGAAGGGUCUGCUGGAGCGGCUGAACGCCGGCGAGGUGGUGAUCGGAGAUGGAGGGUUCGUGUUCGAGCUGGAGAAACGGGGAUACGUCAAGGCCGGCCCUUGGACCCCGGAGGCGUGCGUUGAAUUUCCGGAAGCUGUGAAAGGCCUUCACCGGGAGUUCCUGCGUUCGGGCUCUGACGUCAUGCAGACCUUUACUUUCUACGCGUCCGAUGACAAACUAAACAACCGUGGCAACCAGGCCGGAGUCAAGUUCACCUGUCGCCAGGUCAACGACGCCGCAUGCCGCCUGGCUCGAGAGGUGGCGAACGAGGGCGACGCCCUGGUGGCCGGAGGCAUCUCGCAGACCCCGACCUACCUCAGCGGCUUGGGAAAGCAGAAGACGCAGGCCGAGUUCAAGAGGCAGGUGGACGUGUUCGUGGAAAACAAAGUCGACUUCCUGAUUGCUGAGUACUAUGAGCACAUCGAGGAGAUGGAGUGGGCCAUCGAGUCGCUGAUUGAGAGCGGCCUGCCGGUGUGCGCCAGCAUGUGCAUCGGCCCCGAGGGCGAUCUCCACGGCGUGUCUGCCGGCGAGUGCGCCGUCCGCAUGGCGCGCGCCGGCGCGGACGUGGUCGGUGUCAACUGCCACUUCGACCCGUUCGUCUCCCUCGACGCCAUGGCGCUGAUGAAGAAGGCGCUGGAUGCCGCCGGCAUCAAGGUGUACCUGAUGGUGCAGCCGCUGGGCAUCUGGACGCCAGACGCCAAGAAGCAGGGCUUCAUCGAUCUGCCGGAGUUCCCCUUCGGUCUGGAGCCGCGCAUCAUGACGCGCUGGGACAUGCACCGAUACGCGCGCCAGGCUUACGACAUGGGCAUUCGCUACAUUGGUGGCUGCUGCAAGAUCCAGUCGUACCAUAUCCGCGCCGUAGCCGAGGAGCUGCAGAAGGAGCGCGGCAAGAUGCCGGCGUCGCACGACAAACACGACAUGUGGGGUGGCGGUCUGAUGCUGCACACCAAGCCGUGGGUGCGCGCGCGCGCCAACCGCGAGUACUGGGAGAAUCUGAACCCGUCGUCCGGCCGGCCGUAUUCGGCAGCGCUGUCCAAGCCCGACGAGUGGGGCGUGACGCAGGGGCACCAGGACCUGCGGCAGCACGCUGAGUCGACCACCAAUGACGAGAUCAAGUCCACCACGUGCAAGUAUAAGAAGUGAAGCGUCAAAUGGCGGACCAUUCGAUUAAGCAGUGUGCCCAAUUAUGGACUGGCGGGUUCGCCCGCUCUGAUCCCGCCGAGGAUGGUGUGAAGACACGUGUGAUGUACGCACAGGUUCUUGGGGUUCUCGUAGCGUCGAGGUCUGAUUAUGAUAUCGCGGUGAGCUGUGAGCUGCGGGCAUUGGGCGGGAGCAUUCUGACACGAUUCUGGCGGGAGCAGUCCGACACGAUUCUGACGGGGGAACUCUGACACGAUUCCGUUGCUGACGGGUGAUUACCGUUUGAUUACCGGUGAUUACCGAUUACCGUUACACGUUCUGGCAGGAUGUACGCACACACGGAGUGCUGAGAAUUCACUGCCAUGGUCGCCAACUGUUUAGGAUAGCAUUUUGCACAAUAAAUGCAGCGAUGUUACAUACCCUGUGUGAACAGCAUCUUGAAUAAUGCACUGCUGCAACUAUCAAGCUGCAUUGUCUUGCGUUACGAUUGACAAGGAACGACUCUAGGUGUUGGCACUAGUGGCAGAUGUCAACAACAAACCCUCCACUCACAGAUGAAACGUCUGAAUGGACGAGGCCGGCAGUGAGACGAUAAUAUAUUUACGAUCAUG